AUGGCGCCGCUGCGCCUGCUCCUCCUCCUCCUGCCGCUCCUUUGUGCAGCCGUCGCCGCUGGCGGAGAGACGCGCGGGGCGGCGCGGAGCUGCGCGGAGAGCCGGCAGGCGCUGGCCGGGCGCGGCUUCGCCCUCGCCUCGCUGCCGCCCAGCCUCAUCUCCGGAGAGCACCUGCGCAUCUGCCCCCAGGAGUACACCUGCUGCGCCAGCGAGACGGAGGAGCGUCUGAGUGAGCAGAGCUGGGGGGACCUCCAGGGCCUGGUGGGAGAGGCGGCCGGCUUCCUGCUCAGCACCCUCGGCUCCCGCCAGCGCCGCUUCCACGACUUCUUCCGGGAGCUCCUGGCUGGGGCAGAGCAGUCCCUCCAGGCCAUGUUCACUCGCUCCUAUGGACACCUCUAUGCCCAGCAUGCCCGCCUCUUCCAGGGGCUCUUUGUGGAGCUGCGGCGCCACCUGCAGGGAGCACGACCCGGCCUGGAUGAGGCCCUGAGCGACUUCUGGGCCCGCCUGCUGGAGCGGAUGCUGCCCCUGCUCAACCCCCAGUACAGCUUCCCCGAAGGCUACCUGGAGUGUGUGGGGCACCAGGCAGAGGGGCUGCGGGCCUUUGGGGACAGCCCCCGCCAGCUCCGCCUGCAGGUGACCCGUGCCUUCAUUGCCGCUCGAGCCUUUGUCCAGGGCCUGGCAACCGGACGAGACGUGGUGGUGCAGGCGGUCAAGCUCUCUCCCAGCAGAGAGUGCCGCAGUGCCCACAUGCGCCUCUCCUACUGCCCACUUUGCCGUGGGACUCCGGCCCUCAAGCCCUGCAACGGAUUCUGUCUCAACGUCAUGAAGGGCUGCUUUGCCAGCGCAGCGGAGCUGGACCCUGAGUGGGAGCGCUUUCUCGAUGCUUUGACCCAAUUGGCCGAGCGCCUCGGGGGGCCCUUUAACUUUGAACUGGCGGCUGACUCCAUCGGAGUGAAGAUUUCAGAGGCGAUCAUGUUCCUGCAGGAGCACAGUGUGCAAAUCUCAGCCAAGGUGUUCCAGAGCUGCGGCAGCCCCCGCCCAGCCCCCGCCCGCUCUCGCCGCUCCCCCCGGGAGGAGGCCAAGCGCCGCUUCCGCACUUACUUGCCCGAGGAGAAGCCCACCACUGCGGCAGGAACCAACCUGGACAGGCUGGUGUCGGAUGUGAAGGAGAAGCUGCGUCUCAUGCGUCGCUUCUGGGUGAUGCUUCCCCACACCCUCUGCAGCAACGAGAAGGUGGCCGCUGAUGUCACCAACGAGGACAGCUGCUGGAACGGGCAGGCGAGGGGCAGGUACCUCCCAGAUGUGAUGGGCAACGGGCUGGUGAACCAGAUCAACAACCCCGAGGUGGAGGUGGACAUUUCGCGCCCCGACAUGCCCACGCGGCAGCACGUCCUGGCCCUACGCAGCGCCACCUCCCGGCUGGUGGGCGCCUGCAAUGGGCAGGACCUCGACUUCCAGGAUGCAGAUGAGGACGGCGGGAGCGGCUCAGGGGCUGGGUACAGUGAGGACCGGCUGGCCUUGGGGGCCGGAGCAGGGGGGGCUGGGGUUCCCCCCGCAGGAUCCCGCCCUUCAUCCGAUGCCCGUCCACCUCGCAGGGAGCGGCCUGGGAAGGGCUCCUCCUCCCCCCGACAGAACCAGAGUGGGGGGUGGCCAAGCAGUGGGGCUGGGCUGCCCCCCACAGGGGCCACUUUGCAAGUCAAGGUCUUUGCCCCCCUCUUCCUGCUCCUCCUCCUGGGGCGCUGGUGACCCCUACAGUGGUUUGGCAUCUCAAGUGGCUGACUUUCUUUGGCAUCACCCCUCCCCCAACACCACCAGGAAGGGGGGAACCUCCCUCUGCAUCCAGUCAAAGGGGGGGGGGCUGGGUUGGGGCGCUCAUUCUCCC